GCCUCGCAUCGAUCCUUUUCUCUCUCUCUCUCUCUAUCUCUAUUCUCCACUACUGAUUAGUACUGCGAAAAACCAAGACAGAAAUUCUGACUCUUGAUCAAUCUUAACAGGCCUCCACAGUCGAUUCUCAACAAUCUCUUGCGCUCAUCCAGCCAUGUCAGCCACUGCAAGACGGUCACACAUCAUCUUCCCUUCUCCUUGGACCGCUGUGUGCGGAGCGGUGGAAUAUGGCUAUUGUGAGAUUUUACUACGCGGUGAUUCUUGUCUCUCUGCGCGAUGCAACUACUUAACGCGAUGAGAUCGUUGGGGGUUGGGGUGGGAGAUAAUGGCCUUGGACUUAUCAAUAUCGUGAUUACGGGAGCGCUAGUCGGACGGGGAGGCUGUGUGUCUGGAAAGGAUUCCGUCCACAACGCGCUAAUUGCUGUCCCUCCGUGAACUUAUUUUUUCUGUUGAGACAGACAGUGUCUUCCCCUCCGUCUGUCUCACCAGCCAGUUGCACCCAUGAAGGAGCCGGCCGACACCACCGCCGCCGAAUCUCCUCCCCCUCUCUGGAAGGUGCGCAUGCCUUUCUGGCACCGCGUGGACUGCUUCAUUCGACUAUGGCUGCUGAAAACCCUGGCGGCCAUCUACUUCUACUAUCGGCGCCUCGUUAGGCAGCCUCCUCGGCGUUACCAGCCCACCUUCGUCCGUCGCUACCCAUCUCGCCCCAUGCUGAACACCCAUAUCUUCUUCCCGCCCAACUAUCGCACGGGAGAGCUGCUGCCCUUAUAUCUGAACAUCCAUGGCGGCGGUUUCGCCGUGGGCGACGCCCAGGUGGAUGACCGCUUCUGCGUUGCCUGGGCCGAGCGGACCGGCAUGUUGGUCGUGAGCUUGGACUACCGCCGCGUGCCCCGACAUCCCUUCCCCACUGCCACCUACGAUCUAGUCGCCCAGAUCCAGGACGUGCUGGCGGAUGAGUCCCUGCCCAUUGAUCUCGAUCGCAUCGCCAUUGGGGGGUUCAGUGCGGGCGGGAAUCUGGCUCUGUCGGUGUCACAGUUGCCUCCCCUGCAUGGACGGGUCAAAGCUGCCGUCGUAUACUACCCCAUUGUCGACUUUGGCCAUCCCCCGCCCGUCAAAUUAGCCUCCCGCCCCUACACGGAUGGGCCUCUGGACAAGAUAGGCAUGAUGGCGUGGGCUCUGGAUUGGGGGUACGUCUGUGUGGGACAGAACCGAUGCGAUCCGCUGCUGAGUCCCUGGUAUGCCAAACCGGAAGAUCUGCCUCCGCGCAUCUACACGAUUGCGGCCCAGUGGGAUAUGCUACGGCUGGAGGCCCAGCAGAUGAUCCACCGUCUGGCGGGCCUGCACGACAAAGAGGACCAAGAAGCGCCUUUCGAGACGGCUGCGUAUAAGUGGACUUUGGCCCGAGGGUGUACGCAUGGCUUCACGCAUGGGCAGGAGGGAACUGCGGCCGAAAGAGCGUACCGGAAAAAGGUGUGUGAGGAGAUUUAUGGCCAGGCCCAUGAAUGGCUGCAGAGCUCGUUGUCGUAGAAGUCGUGGUCUGUUUGAAGAGCAUCAGUAGAUAUUAGACAGCCUGAGGAUAUUAGAGAAUUCAGACAACAACUAAUGGUGAGACGGGAAUAUGCACCAAGGGACAAGCUUGGGCAAUCUGUAUAAGAAUUAGUGUGUCCCAAUAUCGUCCCAUGCUA